UCUUCUCCUUAACUCACGAUCCAUGCCGUUUCACCAUUUGAUGUGAAUCCAAGUCUUCCAAUCCUCUACACUUUCACUUAUCCUUCCAUCACAAUUGCUACGGUUUCGUUCGUAACUGCUAAUUAUGUUCUUCCAUCUUCUCUGAUUUAAUGGACAGUCCACUACUUUUUCCUUAAAUUGUCGUAAGUCCUUCUGUUAUAUAAACCAAUCUCUUGCUAUUGUCAUUUCUUCAACUUACACUUGGCCUUACAUUCUCUUUUUAGAAGUAUGAACUCCUCUUUUGUUUCUUUCGCUGACCUUAAAGCUGGUAGACUUGACCAACAAAUCGUAGGUAGGAUCCUCUGUUUCUGGCCUGCUCGAAACGUUAAAAAAGGUGGACAACUCAUGGGGGUUUAUUUCCUUCUGAUUGACGAAAAGUCUACUUUGAAGCAAAGCUCCAUUUACGUCACCCACCUUCCCAAAUUCGAACACGCUCUGCGUGAUGGGGCUAUGUAUAGAAUAUCUGCGUUUGACGUCACUAGAAGCAACACCCGUUUUAAAUUGUCGGAUUUCCACUUUUCUAUACGGUUCACAGCAGCAACUCUUUUUGAGGAGGUAGAAGAGUCUUUCUGUGUUAUUCCAAAAGAGUUUUUCCGCUUAAGGACUCAUGAAGAGUUAGUGUUGCUUGCAAACACCAAUACGGAGCUCCCAGAUGUCAUGGGCGAAGUAGUUUCCACCAAAGCGUAUCGUAAUGGGAUGUCACAAACUUUGGAGAGGAUGUUAGUUCAUCUGCGUCUUCAAAGCAUUUGA